AUGACUUUUGUAGGAGGCUACGUGGUUUUCCUACCAGGCAGAUGGAAUGUUCCGAAUUUUCUAUUCGCCUACAUUAUGGUUGCAGUAUGUCCGAUACUCUUCGUCGGUUGGAAGGUGGUUCAUAAGACCCGUCAUCGUAGACCGUAUGAAGUGGACUUGCUCAGAGACGUAGCUGCGGUCGAAGACUACACCAACAAGUUCGUCCCGGCACCUCCCAGGAACUCUUUCGCCAGGUGGUUCAACUGGCUAUUUAGCUAA